AUGUCUACAACAACUGCUGUCAAAGAACAGAUUGAAGUCGAUUUUACCCCCAAGGAACACUACGGCGACUGGCGCGAUGAGUUCCAAAGGGAGGGAUGCAUUAUCCUCAGAAAUGUCAUCAGUCCCGAGCGGGCAAAGUAUUAUGCCGACAAGCAAAUAGAGUGGUUGAAGAAUUUUGAGCUUGGCUUUGACGAAAAGGAUGAAAGUACUUGGACUGCGGAACAUUUGCCUGUUAGCUUCAGGGGAGGGAGGUAUUUCUACGGUGUGACCCAUGAGAAGAGUGUUUGGGAAGCACGCACCGAACCUGGAGUCAUCGACGCCUUCGCUAAACUGUGGGAGACCGAGGAGCUCUUAUGCUCUUUUGACGGAAUCAAAAUUGAUCUACCACGCCGAAAGGAUGUCAAAUGGACCCCAUGGCCGCACUGUGACCAUAACCCCGACAUAAAAGGAUUAACAUGCGUUCAGGGGAUGUUGAACUUCGCACCUAGCGGUCCUAAAGAUGGCGGUUUGAUUUGGAUGAAAGGAUCCGCGAAAGUCUUCAACGAAUUCUUUGCCGAGAAGCGCAAGAAUGAGGACGCCGACAACCACCAGCAUAAGCACCAAGAAUUUUUCAAGUUCCACGACGACCACGUAAAAUGGUUCGAAGAGAGGGGAUACGAGUUCACCAAGCUCGAACUUGGUCCUGGCGACUUGGCUCUCUGGGAUUCUAGAACGGUCCACCACUCCUGUUUUGCCGAGGGAGAUCAAAUCCGGCACGCGCAGUAUAUUUGCAUGAUGCCUAAGCGGUUUGCUACCGAGGAGGCUUUGAAGAUGAAGAAGUACUGCUUCGAGCAUUAUAUGCCCAAUACUCACUUACCUCAUCGAAACAUCUUCCCAGCAACGGAUAAACCCAUCAGAGACGGCGCACUGUGUCCAAAGGACCGGAGUGAGCCAUUCGAGAAGCCCGUACUAACCGAUGCGGUUCUGAAAUUAGCAGGUGUAAAGCCUUACUGA